GUUGCGUGACGACAUGAAGCACGUCGCGGCGCAGGGCACUGAUUGCCAUACCCUCAUCGAAAAUGGAGCUCCUCACAUCUUUGUACGAGUUGCCUCGGACCUGAGGUGAAGCAUCAAACGUAGAUGAUGUCAUCAUUCCGAGAAGUUGCAACAUCUCCUGGCUGUGGCCCUGUAGCUAAGGGCAGUGUUUCCAUAGAGACGUCCAGCUUUGCUCAUGUGAUCUUCCAAAAUGUGGGGAAGAGUUUCCUGCCACAGGCUCCGCUGGAGUGCCACUACACCCUUACCCCUGCUAUCACACCCCAUCCCAAAGAUUGGGUUGGCAUCUUUAAAGUAGGCUGGAGCACCGCGAGAGACUACUACACAUUCCUGUGGUCUCCCAUGCCAGAGAGUUAUGUGGAAGGCUCAACCGUCCAUAGAGUAAUAGUAUUCCAGGGUUACUAUGUUCCCCGUAGUGAUGGAGAGUUCUAUCAGUUCUGUUACGUGACCCACGGAGGAGAGAUUCGCGGUGCCAGCACGCCUUUCCAGUUCCGACAAGCCACGCCCUCCGGGGAGGAACUUCUGACCGUGGAGGACGAGGGCAAUUCGGACAUCCUGGUGGUGACCACCAAGACUGGACUCCUAGAGCAGCGUGUGUGUGUGGCGCAGCAGGAGUGCAUGGAGCUGCAGCAGAGGCUGUGUGUCCUGCAGCGAGAGAAGGAGCAGGUGCAGGCCGACCAGCGCAGACUCCAGAGAGAGAGGGACGAGGAGAGGGACACCUAUGCACAGAUACACACACAUAACAAGGAGCUUCUCCAUCUGUGUGAGGCUGAGAGAGAGGAGCUGAGGAAAAGGCUCCACGAGUCGAAGGAGCGGACUAUGAAACUCGAGGAGGAACAACAGCUUGUGAGGGACAAACUACACAAGGUAACACUGGAGAAAGACAGUGUGGAGUCCCACCUGAAGGCUGAGAGAGCGGAGAGGGAUCUCCAUAAAGCCCAUGUGCGGAGUGCAGAGCUGGAGAACACUAAGCUGACUGCGGAGCUGCAGAUGCUGAAGGCCAUGGAGUUGAACAGGGAAGUGACCAUCGCCCAGUACCAGGAGGAGCUGCAGAGACUCCACACUGCAGACAUAGGUGAGGCUAUCCGUCUGAAGGAGCAUCUCCAGCAGGCGGAGGAGAAACUUCAGUGCUCCCAGCAGGAAGCUGUGCUCCUGGGGGCAGACCUGUGCACCGCGUCCAGCAGAUGUGAGCAGACAGCGGGGGAGCUCCAGAGGGUCCGGCAGGAGGCCGAGGCCCUGCGCUCCAGCCUAUCAGAGGCCCAGGCCCAGGGCCAGAGCGCCCAGUCACAGCUGGAGAGGAUGAGACACGUCGCCUAUCAGAAGGAGGGCGGAGACUCCUGUCCCGUGUCACAGGUGGAGGCGGAGCUCCAUAAGGAGGUGGAUGAGCUGAAGGUCCGUCUGCAGAUGGCCGCAGAGCACUACAAGGAGAAGUACAGAGAGUGUCAGAAGCUCCGCAAGCAGGUCAAGCAGCUCAGCCAGCAGCCCAGGAUACCCCCUCCUGAGAGUCCCGAUCAGGUGGAGUCAGAUGAUGCAAAGAGAAUUGAGGCUGAGAUGACGACGGAGAUGAUCCAGGAGACCAGCUCACCAAGCCCAGAGAUGGGUGCUGCGGAUAAGCUGUUUACUGCACAAGACGCCACUCCUACUGAAGAGAACACAGCCAGGGAGAGAGGUGGGAGAGUGGGAGAGGAGACCAGAGAAACAGAAGGGGAGCAUGAUGGGAACGGAGAGAACAGAGAAGAUGAUCAUGGUGAUGGAGAAAUACUGGAGAGCGAACAACAUAGUCAGGGAGAAGAGGAGAGGAGAGAGGAGGAAGAGGGUGCUGAAUUAGCCAUGAUCGAGGAGGAAGAGGGUGCUGACUUAGCCAUGGUCGAGGAGACAUGGAGAGAGCAGUGCUCCAUCAACAAGAACUUCUCUCAGCUUCUGAAGGCUCAGCUGGAUGAGAAGUCCAGGGAGGUGACUGCUCUGAGGGAGAGCCUGUCUGAUGUCAUGCGGGAGAAGGAGAGACUGGAGAAGGAGCUGCGCUUGUAUGGAGCCUUGCAGAGGCCCGAGUGCUCAGGGGAGCAGGUGGCCCUGCUCUACCCCCUCCCCUACACCCAGGAGCACCCACCUCCCCCCCUCAUCCAACAGAGACCUGCAGACCUGCAGUAUGGCAACCCCUAUGCCAGAGACCCUGUAGAUGGCGCUAGUGGGUCCUCUGGGGUGCCAGGCCCUGAGGGAGUGGUAUGUAUGCAACCGUCUCGCGGUCUGAGUAUUCCUGAUGGCCUCGAGAACGUCUUUCAAGACCCUCGCCAAGUGAGGCGCGCGCACACAAAUAGAAAUAUACGACACACAACAUACUCAUUAAUUGUGUCUGCGGUGCAGAAGCGCUGUCCGCUGUGUGAGGUGAUCUUCCCUCCCCAGUUUGAGCAGCGCAGCUUCGAGCAGCACGUGGAGGCCCACUGGCGUGUGUGUCCCGUGUGCAGCGAGCAGUUCCCCCUGCACACACAGCAACUGCUCUACGAGAGGCACGUCCUCACGCAUUUUGAUGGGAAUGUUCUCAACUUUGAGUAGCUACCAAUUACCAGGAACAGUGCUAGUGUGUGUGUGUGUGUGUGUGUGUGUGUGUGUGUGUGUGUGUGUGUGUGUGUGUGUGUGUGUGUGUGUGUGGCUGUCUGCUGUCGAGAGACUGUGGUGAAUAGACUGCUGAUGAUGUGUCUUAAGUGAGGAAGGCUGUAGGUGACAGUUGACGGCAUUGCCAAACAUUACAGCUGCUUUUAAAGUUCAUGUGAGCCACACCAGUGGUUCUUUUGAACUACCACCAGACUUCUCCAUCUUCUGAGCCCACCACCUCCACCCAAUGUGCUGUGUACACACUCAAUCAUUGGCUGCCACUGAUACCACCUCCAUCCAAUGUGCUGUGUACACACUCAAUCAUUGGCUGCCACUGAUACCACCUCCACCCAAUGUGCUGUGUACACACUCAAUCAUUGGCUGCCACUGAUACCACCUCCACCCAAUGUGCUGUGUACACACUCAAUCAUUGGCUGCCACUGAUGCCAACUAUUUCAUUUCCUUGCUGCUCAUCAGUGUUGGUUCUAUAUCCAUGUCCCUUAGCCGCCAUAAUAGAGGUCAUUACAUUAUUACAUUACAUUACAUUACAUUAUUCAAUCUCAGAAUAUCUAUUAUAGCGAUGGAUGGCUAGCAGAAUAUAAAGACUACCAUAAGUCUACCAUAAAUGUAAUGUACAUCAGCUUUAAGCAUCCUGUUUCCCUACCUAUAAACACAUACACCCUUUGCUUCAUACUCACGUAUGCACAGAUACAUGCACACCUGGCAGAUUUGAGAUGCAGACACAGAGACUCUCAUGUGACAUUCUCAAACGCUCAUGAUCUGAAACACAUGGCUGUAUAAUUUGCUAGAGAUGAUUGGUGGCAUGUGCUACAGUCCCUGCUUGAGUCGCAGUGCCACCCUAUGCCAUCAGAUAGUCUUUGUGAAUAGCUCUGUUCUAUGGGGUGUUAAGAUGUUAUAGUAUGUCCAUUACUUUUGGGAACCGGACGAGGAACUGAUUCUGGUAGCGGAGAUCACCAGUAUGUGUCUAACAUAUGUGGAGCUGAACGGUGAAAGAUAGCAGUGGGGCAUUAGCAUUUAGGGGUGGAUCUGCACAUCUACAGAUUGUUUGUAUAAACAGACAAAAUAGUUCUUGUGUUAUUGUAUGUUGGGUAACACAGUAAAAUGCUGACAGCUUUAUGUGACUAUUGUAUAUUGUAAUGGAAUACCUUUGUGGGAGUUCACUUUAGUCUGAGCCUGUGUAAUGCUAUCACACUUUGAUUGGUUUGACAAACAAACAAACAAACAAACGUGUUUCCAUGACCUGGAACAGGGAUCAACAACUUGGGUCUGUUUUAUUUACGCAUCGUCUGGAAUCAUGACUCAUCUGUGGGGGUUUGGAAUCAGGUUAUGAUGAAAUAGAAUUGCAUUCUUUCAAACAAAAAAUUGCAUGUAGUUAGUGGUCCUGCUCAACAUCAAGUCCUCAUAGAACAUAUGUACAGGUCUACUACACUCCUGCAUAAAUACAAAUGUUUUGGGGGUCAGGGCACUUUUAUAAACGUUUCAUUGUUUUCUCAAUCGGGAGAAGUGUCUGUAUUAAGAGCAAAUAUGAUAUAUGGAAAUAUGUAUAAUUGUACAUGUAAAGAAGUUUCAGUGCACUAAAUGAAAUGAAAUUGACACUGCAAAGGCAGUCUGUUCUCUUUGACAUCAUUCUGCUGACAAGGUCCAGUUCUGACACUGGCCCGGCUGUACUCUGACUGAGAUUUCAAGUGGCCGACAUCUCUUCCUGUGAAUUAUUCAAUUCAAUUGAAUUCAGUUUUAUUUAUAUAGUACCAAAACAAUAGAAUUGUCUCAAGAUGUAUUAUUAUAUUAUUAUCCCCAACCCACAGCUGUGCAGAUAUAGUUAUGGAUUUAUUACGUUUGUCUUUUCAACUGUCUGUCUUAUUAACUGCUAAGUUUAACCACUGACAUAGUGGUCUUCUUGAACUGAGCUGAAACUUCAACUUUGUCUAAAUGGAACACUAAGAAUAUUUGAAUUGUACUGGUUUAAAGUGUAUGAAUUCACACAAAAGAAAUAAAAUCUCUAAUGUAACCACACACAAAAAA